CUCAUUUUCAUACUCUCGCUCCGACACUACGAGGUGCUCCUGAAGGCAGCAUACAUGUGAGUCCUAGCUAGCUCAGCUCAGCAGCGGCAGACAGACACACAUCGGCGGACGUAAAAUCUCACCGCAAGACAAAAUGGCUGAGAAUGAUGUUGAUAAUGAGCUUCUGGACUACGAGGAGGAUGAAGAGCCACAGGGAGCUCCCGAGAGUGUGGCUCCAGCUGGCAAGAAGGAGGUGAAGGGAUCCUAUGUGUCCAUCCACAGCUCUGGCUUCAGGGACUUCUUGCUCAAACCGGAGCUGCUCCGCGCCAUUGUUGACUGUGGUUUUGAGCAUCCCUCAGAAGUCCAACAUGAGUGUAUUCCUCAAGCCAUCCUGGGCAUGGACAUCCUAUGCCAGGCCAAGUCUGGUAUGGGAAAGACAGCAGUGUUUGUACUGGCCACCCUGCAGCAAAUCGAACCUGUGGAUGGUCAGGUAUCAGUCCUUGUGAUGUGCCACACACGAGAGCUGGCCUUCCAGAUCAGCAAAGAGUACGAGCGCUUUUCCAAGUACAUGCCCACCGUCAAGGCGGCUGUGUUCUUUGGCGGCCUGGCCAUCAAGAAGGAUGAAGAAGUCCUGAAGAAGAACUGCCCCCACAUCGUCGUAGGAACGCCAGGUCGAAUCCUCGCCCUCAUCCGCAACAAGACCCUCAACCUGAAGAACGUCAAACACUUUGUGCUCGAUGAGUGCGACAAGAUGCUGGAGCAGUUGGACAUGAGGCGUGACGUCCAGGACAUCUUCAGGCUGACGCCCCAUGAGAAACAGUGUAUGAUGUUCAGUGCCACACUAAGCAAGGAGAUCCGCCCUGUCUGCCGCAAAUUCAUGCAGGACCCCAUGGAAGUGUUUGUGGAUGACGAGACCAAACUGACACUUCACGGCCUGCAGCAGUAUUACUGCAAGCUGAAAGACAGUGAGAAGAACCGCAAGCUCUUUGACUUACUCGAUGUACUUGAGUUCAACCAGGUGGUGAUCUUUGUGAAGUCAGUGCAGCGCUGCGUGGCUUUGUCCCAGCUGCUGGUGGAGCAGAACUUCCCUGCCAUCGCCAUCCACAGGGGCAUGGCACAGGAGGAGAGGCUAUCCAGGUACCAACAGUUUAAAGACUUCCAGCGGCGUAUCCUGGUGGCCACAAACCUGUUCGGCCGAGGCAUGGACAUCGAGCGAGUCAACAUUGUCUUCAACUACGACAUGCCAGAGGAUUCCGACACAUACCUUCACAGAGUGGCCCGUGCAGGCAGGUUUGGGACCAAAGGCCUGGCUGUCACGUUUGUGUCAGACGAGACUGACGCCAAGACCCUCAAUGACGUUCAGGACCGCUUUGAGGUCAACGUUGCAGAGCUACCAGAGGAGAUCGAUAUCUCCACCUACAUUGAGCAGUCCAGAUGAGUCCGAAGUCCCUUUUCCACUGAAGAUUGUGUGUGGCCUCUGGUGUUGGUGUAUUUUUGUGGAGGGGGGGAGGGAAGAAAUCUCAGCAUUUAUUUUAAAGUCCCCCUCCCCCCGUGUCCCUUUGCAAGUUCAUAGUGGUUAAGUAUUUUUUUUUUAAUUUUAUCAUGUCCUGAAGGGGUGCCUGUUUUAAUGUUUUUUCCUUCUGAAAACCAUGGUUGUAUUUUUUUGGUUAAUGAAAUAAACUUUUUAUACCAUGUUA